AUGGAGGGGGAUUGUCUGAGCUGCAUGAAGUACCUGAUGUUUGUUUUCAAUUUCUUCAUAUUUCUGGGAGGGGCCUGCCUGCUGGGCGUUGGGAUCUGGGUCAUUGUGGAUCCUACAGGAUUUCGAGAGAUUGUGGCUGCCAAUCCUCUGCUCUUCACGGGGGCGUACAUCAUGCUGGCCAUGGGAGCAAUGCUCUUCCUGCUGGGCUUUCUCGGCUGCUGUGGUGCUGUCCGUGAGAACAAAUGCCUCCUGCUUUUUUUCUUCAUGUUUAUUUUGUUAAUCUUCCUGGCAGAGCUCUCAGCUGCAAUCCUGGCUUUUAUCUUCAGAGAAAAUCUGACCAGAGAAUUCUUCACCAAGGAGCUAAAGAAGCACUAUCAGGGGAACAAUGAGACCGAUGUCUUCUCUUCCACCUGGAACUCGGUUAUGAUCACAUUUGGCUGCUGUGGAGUGAAUGGGCCGGAAGAUUUUGAAAAAACUCCUCAUUUCCGACUCCUCCAUUCAGAUGAUGUGGUCCCGGAAGCUUGUUGCCAGCGAGAGCUCCAGAGCCGGGAUGGGGCAUUUGUCAGCAAGGAGGACUGCCUCAUGGGGAAAGACAUGUACCAGAACCGACAGGGCUGUUACACUGUGAUCCUGAACUCCUUUGAGACCUAUGUGUACCUUGCAGGAGCUCUCGCCAUUGGCGUCUUGGCCAUUGAGCUGUUUGCCAUGAUCUUUGCAAUGUGUCUCUUUCGAGGGAUCCAGUAG